AUUCCGAUGACAAAUUGCACUCCACCAGCAGAGACGCUCUACAACUGAGAAGAUUAUCAUAGACAAGAACUACAAAAAUGGUGGAUGGGAAUGGUCGGCAGUCGCAGUAUGGCUCAUCGAGCUUCAACUACAAGCAGAGCGCCGCAUCAUACGGAAUUAUGAAACAGAGACUGCGCACGACUUUCGUCAUCCAUUUAGACCAUUAUCAAACCAUUUUUUAUAUUUGCUGCCUGCCUAGCAAAUGUAUUAUAAAUUUGUUUCACGACAUCGAUCAUUGAUUCAUCACUGCUUUACGCGCUGGAUGCUCGACUCCGCAAUAUCAUGGUGCUAGGUUACAUGAAACAAUAUUGAGAGCACUAUUGUUCGCCUUCAUUGGUAUUUUUAUCUCUAUAAUCUGCAACUGUUUCCAUGAUACAACAGGGGAUACCUCCAUUCCAUCACAUCACGACGUUGCUCUCCCUCUCUAACAGCCGUACGGGCUACAACUAUGGUAGCAAUCUUCCAGCAAGGGGCUCGAAAACCUCCUCAGGGCAAUGGCCACAACACGAAUGUAUCGAUGAAGACAGAAGUGUUGCGGCAAGGGAUUGGGUACAUCGACUAGAAGUUGGGAUUCAUGAUCUUCUUUUGUCAACCCUAGUAAAUGACUCUUGUCCGACGCAUUUUCGUACCUUGUUCUUCUCUUGCUUUAGCUUCUGAUUUAAAUCAUCCGAAUAAUGGAAAGAAAGUAAAUACAGUAAAAAUGAUUUUCUCCCCCAUCAGAGCUACCAGCAAGAAGAAGCUCGCGUUUGGAAGAUUUUGAAGAGGAAGAUGGUUAAUCCGUUCCGAG